AUGGGGCACACCAAUGCAACUUGUUGGAAGGGCUUCGUCUUGCUUGGCUUCUCCAGCUUUGGAGACCUGCAACUACUGCUCUUUGCCUUGUUCCUCUCACUGUAUCUCAUCACCUUGACCAGCAAUGUCUUCAUUAUCAUAGUCAUCAGGCUGGAUACUCAUCUACACACACCAAUGUAUCUCUUCCUUUCAUUCUUGUCCUUCUCUGAGACCUGCUACACGUUGGGCAUCAUACCCAGGAUGCUUGUGGGCCUGGCUCUGAGGGUCCAGGCUAUCUCGUAUGUGGGCUGCGCUACCCAGAUGUUCUUCUCUGCCUCAUGGGCCUGUACCAACUGCUUCCUUCUGGCUGUCAUGGGCUUUGACAGGUAUGUGGCCAUCUGUGCCCCACUACACUAUGCCAGCCGUAUGAGUCCCACUAUCUGUGCCCAAUUGAUCAGUAUUUCUUUUGUAAGUGGAUACUUUUUUGGGUUGGGAAUGACACUGGUCAUUUUCCGCCUAUCAUUCUGCAGCUCCCAUGAGAUUCAGCACUUUUUUUGUGAUACACCUCCAGUAUUGAGCCUCGCCUGUGGGGAUACUGGUCUCAGUGAGCUCGGGAUUCUUAUCCUCAGCCUGUUGGUGCUCUUGAUCUCCUUCUUCUUCAUCACCAUCUCCUACACCUACAUCCUGGCAGCCAUCCUGAGGAUUCCUUCUGCAGCAGGACAGAAGAAGGCCUUCUCCACCUGUGCCUCACACCUCACUGUGGUCGUUAUUCACUAUGGCUGUGCCUCCUUCAUGUACUUGAGGCCCAAAGCCAGCUACUCCCUUGAGCGAGAUCAGCUGAUUGCUGUUACCUACACUGUGGUGACCCCUCUCCUCAACCCCAUUGUGUAUAGUCUAAGGAAUCGGGCUGUGCAGGCAGCUAUGAGAAAUGCCUUCCGAGGGAGCUUGCUAGGAAAAGGAUGA